AUGUCACUCAGCAUGUUAUUUGCACUUCUAUCUAUCCUAGCCAUUGCCGUUGCUGCGCAGGUCUGGUCGAAGUACAGAUCUACUCGGGGAUUGCGCAAUCUACCAGGUCCUCCGUCCGGUUCUCUCAUCGCAGGUAACCUGCCACAGAUCUACGGCCCGUUUGCCGGCUCUUUUCGGAGUCAGCUUAUAUACCAGUAUGGAAAGGUCGUUCGCAUUGCAGGGCUAUUCGGUGGAAGUCAGCUCUUGCUGUCGGAUGUACGGGCACUCCGCAAUGUAUUGGUGGAAAACCCAGAUGCCUACGACUCUGAGGAUGUUCUGCUGGCAUUGGGCAGAGUGACGUUUGGACCGGGCCUUGUUGCCACAACUGGCGAUCGUCACAGAGUUCAGCGCAAGAUCAUCGAGCCAGCCUUCACAGGAUCCAAUAUGCGGAAGUUUUUUCCUUCGUUGCAAGAUCUCUACAUGAAGCUACCGCAAAUGCUCAGCUUGAAGGCUAACAGUCCAUCCGGCGGCAUUGUCGAUGUAGCUGCUCUUCUCGGAAAACUCAGUCUCGAAUCCAUCGGCAUCGUCUGUUUCAAUCACAGUUUUCACGCUCUGGAGUAUAACACGGACGACUUUGUGCUUGCAUUGGAGAGCUACUUCCCGACGUUGUCCAAGGUCCAGCAUCUGAUUGUGUUUCUACCAAUCUUGUUGCGAUGGGUACCCUCAGCUGUGCUUCGGAAAGUCGGAGAGCUUCUUCCGUGGCGAACUCUGCGCGAACUCUUUCAGAUAGUGGAUGUCUUACAUCGUCAUUCCAGCACCAUACAUAGGGAUUUGAAGAACACUCCCUCUGAUCGCGGGCCAAAUCUGCCUUCGAAUCGCGCAGGCAUCAAGAGCCUCGCAUCUGUACUGAUGCACACGAACGAGCAAGCUCAAGAUGAUGAUCGUAUGCCUGAUGAGGAGAUCGUCGCGCAUAUAUCCGUCCUUCUGUUCACUGGAACCGAUACAUCCGCCGCAUUGAUGUCUCGCAUUCUUCAGCUUCUUUCAGAGAACCCGGCUGCCCAAGACCGACUACGAGAGGAGUUAAGCUCUGCAGAGGACCUCGAAUAUGACACUGUCAUGAAUCUCCCAUAUCUGGACGCUAUCUUUAAGGAAACACUUCGAAUGUUCCCUUCUGUGCCUUUGGUGACUAGACAAGCUCGCGUGGACACCGUUAUCCCUUUCAGCGAAGCGCUCAGAGGCAGGGAUGGUGAGGACUUACACUCUGUUCACGUGCCCAAAGGCACAACUAUAAUCACGGAUAUUGCUGCUGUCAACCUCGACGAGACUUUAUGGGGCGAAGAUGCCAAGAUAUGGAAACCGGCGCGCUGGAUUGAAGGGAUCCCGGCGUCUGUCAUCAAUAGCCGUCUGCCGUCUGCAUAUUCACAUCUGCUAACAUUCCUCGCUGGUCGCCGGUACUGCCCCGGCAUGAACUUUGCACACAUCUUGACUAAGUCGGCAAUCGCGUAUCUCAUCCGCAACUAUACCUUCGAGCCAUCCGGUGAUGAGAUCGUCUGGAGAUCAUCUGUCGUUGCUUUGCCCACUGUGAAAGGCCACGAUCAGCCUGCGCUUACUAUGAGAGUCACGGUUGUCCAGAGAUCAUACGUGUUGUAA